AAAGACGUAUCGCGGUGAGGGGGGAGGAGGAGGAGGUGGCGGGGGAAAAUGGCGGACGGCAAAGGAGGCGAUGUGAAGCUGAAGCGACCGCGUUUUGACGAAGGACCUGAAGAAGAGGCAGAAAAACCUGUGAAAACUAAGACUGUUUCUUCCAGUAAUGGAGGGGAAAGCUCGAGUCGCAGCGCGGAGAAGCGGGUGGCUGAGGAAGAGGCCGAAGACUUCUCAACAAAGCCUGCUCCUGCCAAAAUGUCCAAGAUUGGGUUUGCGAUUGGCACACAAAUUGCAAAGAAACCACCUGCAAUAUCCAUCAAACUUGGAGCAAAUAAACCUAAAGAACCUACUCCAGCUCCAAAAACACUUUCUGUAGCAGCAAUCUUCAAUGAAGAUGAAGAUAGUGAACCUGAAGAGAUGCCUCCAGAAGCUAAAAUGCGUAUGAAGAACAUCGGAAGGGAUACUCCAACUUCAGCAGGACCAAAUUCUUUCAACAAAGGAAAGCAUGGAUUUUCUGACAACCAGAAGCUAUGGGAACGGAAUAUGAAAUCCCAUCUUGGAAAUGUCCGUGAACAAGAUGAUUAGUUGUGAUCUGAUGGCUGGGGAAUGGGGAGGCCAUGAUAUUAAAGGAACAGUUUCCUUUUCUUUUUUUUUAAAGAGUGGUCUAAGGCUAUUUUGGGUGCCACUUUUAAAAGUUUCUAGUGGUGCACAAAAAUGAGUUUAAAAGUAGAGGUAAUUUAUGUUUUGUAUACAAAUUUCAAAGCAUUUGCUAAUUUUGUAGCUUCGUGCAAUUAAUUUCACAAGGUUAUGGAAAAUAAAGUAAUUGGAAGUGGUAACAUUUUAAAGAAUGUUCUUUUUACAACUCUUGUAUGAAGACAGCGACAAUUAAAGUUAAAUGCUGCUACACUCAACUUCCAGUUCCUCCUCUGUAACAAGUCAGCUGCUUGUUUCCUUAAAGCUCCUUUUACAGAGUAAAAACACCACACUGGAAGUUGGAUUUAAUCAGCAUAAAACCUGUGAACUAGACUACUGCAAAAACAAUUCAGUACUUUUAACCAUCAUAAACUAAGACUUCUGGCUGUGGUAGCUUAGUUCUGUAUUCCUGUUUUCAAAUUCUGUGUAAUUUCUCCGUAGCCUGUUUCACUCCUAGAAACAGGGUUUGCGUAUUUAUCAAUAUUAGAACAGAACAAAAAUUCAUAACAGGUAAAUCAAUAUUUUUGGUGUUUUUGUAAUCAUGAGUCUUGACCAAUGCUUGUUACUGUAUUUUUGUUGCUUUUAGUGAGAUUUAGGCAAUAGUACACAGGCAUUGCCAAAAGAGAUGAUUCUUUUUCAUGAUUUAGUUUGGUUGCAAUAUAUUCCAUAACCUCAUAAAAUGAUCAGAAGCCACAAACAAAUAAACCAAUGGUAGCUUAUUGAGGUGCAGAAAUUUAGAAAUGUGCUUCCAUAAUUUCCUAGUUUUAGAUUCUUGAAGAGCCUUUUCCUUAUAUUUUUAAUUAAGGACACUAUGGCUGAAAUCCUGUCCACACAGCACUUCCCCAUGUAAGACUGAUUUUUUUUCCUCCAGUAAAACCAUUUCUUACUCCCAUGCCCUGAAGGUCCCAAGGUUCCCAUGGAAUCCCUUUGGGAUCUCAUUAGGGAUUGGUGCAAAUAAGGAACUUUAAUUUCAAAAACUUACCCGCAGUAAAGUCAUCCUGGUUUGUGGGUGGUGAAAUUAGAGACUCCCACGUGGCUUUCUGAUGAUCAAAUGGAUUCUGUAGGAGCCUUGGGACCUCAGGGUAGGGUGUUAGAUAUGUUUUGUUUCUGAAAACCUGCUGCAGCUGAUGACAUCAUUAACCUUACAUGGCAUAGCUGCAUGAAUAGGAUUCCAGCUGUUCAGAUAUAAAAUGAUUAUUAAACCUAUAUUAGUAUUGCUAUUAAAUAGUAUUUGAUGGAACAUGAAUAAUUUCACAUUUUUAUUCCUGUCUGUUCUACACUUAGCAUUACUUACACAAGUUUGAUGGGGAAUUACUUUUAGCAGUAAAACUUUUAUAGCAGAGAAAGUCAAUUCUGUUAGCCCGAAUCUAUCUAGAAUCUUAUAAAUAUUGCUAUUUCCCAAUAUUUACCAUUGAUAUUUAUUACUUGAUAUUUCUUCAGCAUGUUUUAUCUUGUUGGGAUUAGGUAGCAUCAGCAGCCCCUUUUGCUAGGUCUAGUGGAGUUAGAUAAACACAUCAGAAAUAGUAUAUUUGUUCAAAUUGCCUAAGUAUUUGAUAAAACUGGAAUUUGUAGGUCUAUUGUGGAGCCUGGGGGAAUAUUGUAAACAUGAUUCAGAUCACCUAACGUCUUUGAGUAAACCUUAUGCUAAAGCUGAAGGUGGCUGGUGAAGGCAAAUUGCAUCUUAGUUUUCUUUUUAAAUUUUAGAAGAGCUUAGACCAUGUGUACUUUUGUGUUUUAAAUUCUAGAUAUUUUUGUAUUUUGAUAUUUGUAUGUGAUUCUUUUUCCUUCACAGUUCAAAAUUUGUUGCUUAUAUUUUCUUUAACAUCUUUGCUAUAAACAUAAGAAAUGUCAAAGUUAGUUCUUUGUAGAUGUAGUGGUUUAACUACUUGUGAAAAUUCAAGACUUCAAAAAGAUAGUAGUUAUAUUUUUGACUCAUUUGAAACUAGUUGCAUAAAGCCAUUAACUGACCUUUAUAUAAGGAGAAAGGAGCAUGUUACUAGUAAUAGUUUACAUGCCAAGAAAAAUAAACCCUUCAGUCUAUUAGUGCCUUCUUAAAACUUAUGACUAGAUGCCUGGACCUUUAAUCUCUGGGCAGUUAAUUAUCCUGUUUUAAUAUAUUCUUCGUUUCAGAAUCUUACUUAUUUUCAAAGCAAGAAAAAAAUUACAUGCACCCUGUAACUCAGGCCUAAAAUUACUAUUCUCUUGAAGUUUCACAGUUGUAGUAAUAAGAACGAGGAUGAAGGGAGAUUUUUGAGUAUUUUCCAUGAUGCAUAAAUUCAAGAAGAAGCAAAAAGUGGGAUCCAAAAGGUGUAACUAUUUCUUGAAUGUUGUCUGUGCUGAUGUUGUAUACUCUUAGGCAUGAAUUCUAGCUGCCAAGGCUAGUAUUUAAGCAUAAAAGCCUGAAAAGUAAAACUAAAUUACAUGUCAAGUUUAUGUAUUGUACACAAAAGAAGUUAUUUUAUACAUAAAUUUAUCAAGACAA